AUGGUUAAAGCUCCCGCUAUUGGUAUUGAUCUCGGCACCACCUACUCCUGUGUGGGUGUCUGGCAACAUAAUAAGGUCGAAAUUAUUGCCAAUGAUCAAGGAAACCGCACUACUCCCAGUUAUGUAGCCUUCAACGAUACCGAACGUUUGAUAGGAGAUGCUGCUAAAAAUCAGGUGGCUAUGAAUGCCAAGAACACGGUUUUCGAUGCCAAACGUUUGAUUGGUCGCAAAUUCGAUGAUCAGAAAAUCCAAGAAGACAUGAAACAUUGGCCCUUCCAGGUCAUCAAUGAUUGUGGCAAACCAAAAAUCGAGGUUGAAUUCAAAGGAGAACGCAAACGUUUUGCACCUGAAGAGAUUAGUUCCAUGGUGCUGUCGAAAAUGAAGGAAGUCGCCGAAGUCUAUUUGGGUGGCCAAGUAACAGAUGCUGUGAUAACAGUGCCAGCCUACUUCAAUGAUUCCCAACGUCAGGCUACCAAGGAUGCUGGAUCCAUUGCUGGACUCAAUGUUUUGCGCAUCAUCAAUGAACCCACUGCUGCAGCUUUGGCCUAUGGCUUGGAUAAGAAUUUGAAGGGAGAGAAGAAUGUUUUGAUUUUCGAUUUGGGUGGCGGUACCUUCGAUGUCUCCAUCUUGACCAUUGACGAAGGUUCACUUUUUGAAGUCAAGUCCACUGCUGGUGACACACAUUUGGGAGGUGAGGAUUUCGAUAAUCGUUUGGUAAAUUUCUUUGUUGAGGAAUUCAAGAGGAAACAUAAACGCGAUAUGUCAAGCAAUGUUCGCGCCUUGAGACGUCUACGCACAGCUUGUGAAAGAGCAAAGCGUACAUUGUCCUCCAGCUCAGAGGCUUCCUUGGAAAUUGAUGCCCUCCAUGAAGGCAUUGACUUUUAUUCCAAAAUAACCCGAGCUCGUUUUGAGGAACUGAAUAUGGAUUUGUUCCGUUCCACCUUGACGCCGGUGGAAAAAGCUUUGAACGAUGCCAAAAUGGAUAAAUCCUCCAUAAAUGAUGUGGUCUUGGUGGGUGGUUCCACACGCAUUCCCAAAAUUCAAAAAAUGCUGCAAGAUUUCUUUGGCGGCAAACAAUUGAAUUUGUCCAUCAACCCCGAUGAGGCGGUGGCUUAUGGUGCCGCCGUACAAGCUGCCAUUCUCACCGGUGUGGGAAGUUCCCAAAUUCAGGAUGUAUUGUUGGUCGAUGUCACUCCCUUGUCCUUGGGCAUAGAGACCGCUGGUGGAGUUAUGACAAAAUUGAUUGAACGCAAUGCUCGCAUUCCCUGCAAACAACAACAGACCUUCACCACCUAUAGUGACAAUCAAAAUGCGGUCACCAUUCAGGUGUAUGAGGGCGAGAGAGCCAUGACCAAGGAUAACAAUCUUUUGGGUACUUUUAAUUUGACUGGCAUACCUCCAGCCCCCAGAGGUGUUCCAAAAAUCGAGGUAACCUUUGACUUAAAUGCCGAUGGUAUUCUGAAUGUUUCGGCCAAGGACAACAGCACCGGAAAAUCGGAGAAGAUCACCAUUACCAAUGACAAGGGUCGUUUGUCUAAGGCCGAUAUUGACAGAAUGUUAUCCGAAGCGGAAAAGUACAAGGACGAUGAUGAGAAGCAAAGACAACGGGUGCAGGCACGUAACAAUUUGGAAUCAUACAUAUUCAGUUGCAAACAGGCUGUGGAAGAUGCUCCUUCGGAUAAAUUAAGUGACUCGGAUAAGGCUACUGUUCGUGAUAAAUGUUCUUCAGAAAUGUCCUGGCUGGAUAAUAACAGCCUAGCCGAAAAGGAGGAAUUCGAAGAUCAUUUGAAGGAUUGCCAACGUGUUUGUAGUCCCAUUAUGUCUAAAAUGCAUGGAGCCGGUGGUGCAGCCGAUGGUGGCCAAAAACAAGGUCAACCGAAUAGUGGUGGUCGUGGAGGUCCCACUGUUGAGGAAGUUGAUUAGAUAUUCAAUUGGCUUAGUUAUCCUUAAAUAUUUCGGUAUUAUAUCUUGUUAUAUGUUAACUAAAUUUUGAUUCCUUAUAUUAUUGUUUUCUUCUAAUUUUUUUAUUAAUAAAUUUUUU